AUGCACGGGUGUGGCCUAUCCGGCUCCAUCCCAUCCACCAUCGGCCGUCUCACCAGCCUCAAAUACUUCCUCGUCAACCAGAACCGCCUCUCGGGCUCCCUGCCUGCACAGAUUGGCACCCUCCCCCAGCUCUACAUGCUUGACGUCAUGGACAACCAGCUGGAAGGACCGCUACCAAAGUUCGAGGGUGCCAAGGAGCUCAACCACCUCCACAUGAGCAGCAACCUCUUCACGUCUGUUCCAGCGGAGAUCAGCAGACUGCCGAAACUGAUGCACCUGCUGAUGGACAGCAAUCGUCUCACCCAUGACUUUCCACUCGCUUUCAACAACACGAACCUCACUGUCAUCUACUGGAGCAACAACAUAAUACCCGGCCCCUUCCCCUCCACCUGGUUCUUCCCCAAACUCAAGGACUUUCUCUUCAGCAACUGCUCUCUUCCGAAACAGCCUCUCCCUUCCUUCCCUAUCUCUCGCAACCUCUCCAACCUCGACCUGAGCAGCAACAGUUUCACAGGAUUCAUUCCAGGCUCUCUGUUUUGGCAGCACCCCAACCUCGUCAACCUCAAUUUGGCCAACAACGAUCUCAAUUCGAGCUUCCCUCCAGCAAUCGCCAAUGCUACCAACCUGCAAUCCGUCUUCCUCUCAGGCAACCAGCUCAGCGGCCCCCUGCCGGACCUCUCGUCACUGCCCAGCAUCGUGUCGCUCUCCCUCUUUGACAACUCCCUCUCCUCCAUACCGCCCGCUAUGCUCGCCAAGAGCAACAACAUCACACUGCAGCUUUUCAACAACGAUCUGUGCAAGCCAUUCAAUCCAAGCUACACGCAAGUCUGCUCCCCCCCGACCCCUCUCACCCAAUACACCGCCCCUGCUUUCUGCGACGGUCUCGCCUGCGAUAACGACCUCUACAGCCCUAGCGCACCGCUCUAUAACGAGUCACACUCCUGCGUGUGCGUAUCCCCGUUAAGAGUCGACCUGGAGCUGUUUAUAUCGGAUUUCGUGGUGUACCAUGAGGCGCUGGUGCAGCAGCUGGAGCAGCGGAUCUACUCUGAGCUCACCAGCAAGUCCCACAUCAACAUCACCAGGCCGCAGGUCCUUGUUUCUUCAAUCAACAGCCCUGCCUCUCUCUCCUCCCUCGCCUCCACCUUCGCUUCAGAGCACAUCAACCACCAGUCAACGCUCAUCAUCACGGUCCUCUUCUUCCCGCCGGGUGGCGAUGGCAGCUGGUACCCCCCCGACACACCGCAGGCCAUCCGCAGCGCCCUCACCACCAGGGACCUUGCCGUGCGCGUCGCUCUCGGCAACUUUGGCCUCUUUCGAGUGGUUGGAUUCUACGGCCCUGCACCCUACACUCCCCCACCAUCACUUCAGCCGUCCUCGUCUGGGCUGAGCACGGGAGCCAUCGUGGCCAUCUCAGUGUGCUCCGCUGCUGUUGCUAUCGCCCUCAUGGUGCUGCUUCUCAUGCGACCCUGGGAGAGGCGAGCGGACCUGUGGAGUUCAGAGGACUACAGGGCGAUAGAGGGGCUGCAGGUGCUGGGAGUGCACCGGUGCAAGCUCAAGGAGAUUGCAGAUGCGACCCAGGGGUUCAAGACGCUGCUUGGGGAGGGCGGAUACGGACAGGUGUACAGAGGAGUGCUGGAAUCAGGGGAUGUGGUGGCAGUGAAACGAGCCAAGGGGCACGUGAAGAUGUGUGGCACUGAGUUUCGCAACGAGAUUCAGCUGCUCUCAGCCGUGCGACAUCGCAACCUGGUGGCUCUCAAGGGCUUCUGCGUGGAAGCAGGCGAGCAGCUGCUGGUGUAUGAAUUCAUAGAGAGGGGGACACUUGAAGACAUGCUGCGAGCGGACUCGAAGCACCCGCUGACGUGGCGGCAGCGCGUUGACAUCGCGUGUGGCGCUGCGAGUGGGUUUGCGUACCUGCACCAUCAAAUCAAGCCGCCCAUCAUUCACCGGGAUGUGAAGACGGCCAACAUCCUGAUCACAGCAGGCCUCGAAGCCAAGGUGUCUGACUUUGGCAUUUCCAAGGCUGUGCCUGAGGAGGCGGAGAGGGGGGGAAGGCUGGAGACGCAAGUGAAAGGGACUGUGGGCUAUUUGGACCCACAGUAUUUCCAAUGCGACUUACUCACGGAAAAGAGCGACGUGUACAGCUUCGGCAUCGUGCUGUUAGAGCUAGCCACUGGUCUCCGCCCCGUGACCAACGGGGAGCACAUCCGAUCGAUUGUGAUCGAUAGAGUUACCAACCACGGGGGUGUUCUGAAGCAGGCUCAGAACCGGCCCGACAUGCACCAGGUGUUGAAGGAGUUGGAAGGGAUCAAGAGGAUUCUUGACUGUGUUACUGGCUCCCAUGGCGGCAGUGGUGCUUCUGGCGGCGCUGCUGCUGCUGCUGGUGCUGCUGAUGGUGCUGCUGGUUCUGCUGGUGCUGGUGGUGGUGACGGCAGCAGCAGGCGUGAGAAUGGCAGAUGGUCAACUGGAGAGCGGGAUCUCUUUGGAGAAGUGAAGUCACAAGCUGGUAGAUCAUUCUGGGAAGAGGUAUCUGCUGCCUCGGCGUCGAAAGGGCCGAGCAGGUUUAAGGAGGAAAUUGCUGAGGAGAUAGAUGAGGAGGAGGAGGAGUCGUGGUUUGCAGCGCGGAUGAGGAGGGAAGUAGGGAAGGGAGAGACGUCAAGCAGUGAGGCGGAUGGGCUGCUGAACCACACGGUGACUUUCACAGGGAGUGAGCCGCAGAUCAACGUGGUUCCGAGAUGA